GCACACCACGUGCGCAAAAAGCAUACAAUAAGAUAUAUAUACAUGUCUGUCAAGUGGAGAGUAGCAGCUACAUGAUACAGCACGCGUCAGCUAGCUUGGCUCGUUUGGGUUCAGACCACGUGUCCACUGAAUCCAGCGCGACCACUUGAACCCCUCCCGACUGGCAAGUUACCACCGCGACGUCCCUCCUCUUAUCGGCCACGCCACUCGCGACUCCGUGAGAAAUGCCGUCGAAGGCGUUGGUUUGACCCGCCAACGUCAGGGAUAUCUGGUCGUCGUGAAUGUCGUACACAGCAAGCCCCCCGACUUGGCACGCGCACAAGAGCCGAUGGGGCGCAACAUGCACGUCAAAGACGGAUCCGUACGCGGCUCUGGCGACGCCGACCGCUUUGAACCUGUCGAGGUCGAUCACGGCGACCCCUUUCGAGCCACACGCGACGUACGCCGCCGUGCUGGAGAGGGCAAUGGCAUGCGCGUCGCCGUGGAAGAGGCGCUUGGCCGUGAGAAUCGUGGGGCGGCGCGGGUCGGUGAAGUCGACGACCACAAGCAUGCCCGAAUCACACGCGACGUACGCAUAUCGGUCGUGGAGGAUCUGCACAGCCUUGGCGCGGAAGGACGUGCCGCCAACGAUGAGGGGAAGUGUGGAGGUCCAUGUGUGGGUACGGGUGUCGAAGAAGCACAGGCCCAUGAGGUUGCAUGCCACGACGGCCACCGUUGCAGUCAGCGCUACCCCGACCGCGGGGACGGCGAACUGCCCGGCCACAUGAAAUGCAGGAGCGGUGUGGAGGAUGUUUAGCCCGCCGUUGUGACACGCGACAUACACAGACUUGCCGUUCGAAGUAGCGGCAACGGAUCUUGCGGUGCCGGACACGUGAACGCGGCCGAGACUGCGCUUGUCCUGGAGAUGGAUCCAACUCACGUGAGUGAGGCAUGCCACGAACGCGCUGGUGCCACCACAGACAACGUCGACCCCAUAUGCCAAGCCUCCAACGGGUAUGGUGGAUGUCGUGGGUGGAAUGGGAGACGAUGGCAGGCACCUACUGUGGUGAUACACGUUGCUACGACGACGAUGGUGGUGACGGUGGAGGCGAGGAAGCGGGUUUGGCAAGGUCUCGUUCGAGAGCAGCGGCAUCAUGGCCGAUGUCAUGGAUAAUGAUCGCAGAAUGAUGGGUGUUCGUGGUGGCGAA